CGCUACAUUGUGUGGUUCAUCACAGUCACUGUCGCUCAGAGCCAGGAGAAACACUUCUCAGACCACUCCUAGACCUCACAAUGGACAGAUAAACACAAAUGCACCCUUGAUCCUGUAAGCCAGCAGAGGUGUGAGCCACUGAAAGAGAUGCUUCCCUGUCAUCGGUUGAACCUCGCGAUUCUCCAGCUGUGUUUGUUGUUGUUGGUGUCUUUUACCGACGGCAGAAAUUUGAAAUGCUCACCGGGGAAAGUGUGCUCGGGCUCGGACCGACCGCCUGUUGUUCUCAUUCCAGGAGAUCUUGGGAAUCAGCUUGAAGCAAAACUGGACAAACCUAGUGUAGUGCACUACAUCUGCUACAAGAAGACCAAUGACUACUUCACGCUAUGGCUCAACCUGGAGCUGCUGGUGCCGGUGGCCAUUGACUGCUGGAUUGAUAACAUGAGGCUACUAUACAAUCGCACAACCCACCUCACUGAAGCUCCUCCGGGGGUGGAUGUCAGAGUGCCUGGGUUUGGAAAGACGUAUAGUUUGGAAUAUCUGGAUCCAAGUAAACGGAGUGUGGGCAUGUACUUCUUCACUAUAGUACAAGCACUGGUUGAUUGGGGGUAUACCAGAGACGACGAUGUUCGAGGUGCUCCCUAUGACUGGCGUAAAGCCCCCAAUGACAAUAAGGAGUACUUCUUGCGUCUGCAGCAGAUGAUUGAGGAGAUGGCUAAUAAGGCUCAAAGUCCUGUGGUCCUCAUCGCACACAGUAUGGGGAACAUGUACACGCUCUAUUUCCUUAAUCACCAACCGCAAGCUUGGAAGGACCGGUACAUCAAGGCAUUUGUUUCUCUAGGGCCUCCAUGGGCUGGAGUGGCCAAAACUCUUAGAGUUCUGGCAACAGGCGACAACAACCGCAUUCCCGUCAUCAGUCCUGUAAAAAUCCGCACCCAGCAGCGAACGGCCGUCUCCACCGUCUGGCUCUUGCCCUACGCCCACUCCUGGCCCAAAGACAUGGUCCUGGUUUCCACCCCAAACACCAGCUACACAGUCCAAGACUAUCAGCGCUUCUUCAAAGAUAUUGACUAUGAGGACGGCUGGGCCAUGAGGAAGGACACGGAACCGCUGGUCAGUGCACUUCAGCCUCCUGGCGUUCCUGUCCACUGUCUUUAUGGCAGCGGCAUUCCCACAGCUCAGGGCUUCAAUUACACAAACUUCCCAGAUGUAGACCCCACCGUCAUCAACGGGGACGGAGACGGAACAGUCAACCUGUUGAGCGCCAUGCAAUGCAAACGCUGGAAGAGCCAGCAGACACAGCCUGUCCAAAUGUUCGAGCUGCCCGGGAACGAGCACGUCGCCAUGCUGUUGAACAUAACCACAGUCAACUACAUCAAGAAUGUGCUGUUUACACCAUGAUGGCAUUGAGGCUUUACACACUUCCCCUCUUUAACUUUCGGGACUUUGUUCUGCUUUUCGGGUGGAUGUUCCUUUCCUUAUCGGAAUUUGUUGUCGGAGUUCCUUUUUGUGGAGUUGAGGUUUAUCAGGACAUCAAUGAUAAAUAGUCAUCUUUUGUUGGGCACAAUCAGCAUUUACAGAAAUGAUUCUUGAAUUUUUACUCAGUUCAAAUCUAAAAUGUUAACAUAGAUUUUACUGCACAUAGUAAAAUGUAAUUUCCAGUUGUUUAAUGUGAAAUGGCAAUUGUUUGCCGUUAAUCCUUGUCAAUUACAUUUUUAAAUAUUGUCUGUUUCUUAACCUUUAUAAACUUUAACCUCUUAUACACACAACUUCUUUAAUCUACAGAUUUUAUCUAGUGCUUUUUUAAACGUUUCUAUCCAAAUUAUACUGACACUGCAGUAUCUCUGUUGAUCCUACUAACAAGCAAGUGGCUAUUUAUCAGGCUGUCUAUGACUAGUAUUGAUUAAUGUAUUUUUGUCAGAUGUUCUUGAAUGUAGAAUGUGCCUAACGGCUGGAUAUCUCACUGUUGCUCAAUUUACAUCAGCUUAACCUCUAGACUGCAUUUGUGCCACGGCCCAGGAUGGGUUAACCCAUGUUACAUGUGAACAAAGUUUGCUCUUGAAUAUAAUGAACAAUGAUUUGUGAAGCACA